AUGUCGGGAUAUGAUAGCAACCCCUUCGUUGAUCCAGUGGACGUAAACCCCUUCCAGGAUGCCUCAGUCACACAAGUCACCAGCGGAGCCACUGAAAGCAUGGGGGAGUUCAACCCAUUCUCUGCAACAGAAAUGGGAAACAACUCUGACACGACCAUCCCCAUCUCUGCUGCUGCCUCAUCUCAACCCGCCAUACUCCAGACGUCUUCGGAGCAGAGUGCACGAGCAGCUGCAACUGCUGGUCAGGCUAACCUGAUCAAACAGCAGGAGGAGCUGGAGAAGAAAGCAGCCGAGCUGGAGAGGAAGGAGCAAGAGCUUCGGAACCAGUCUGCAGCCUCGGCAUCGAAUCUGGGCACCAAAGAGAACAACUGGCCACCUCUUCCCAAGUUCUUCCCCGUGAAGCCGUGCUUCUAUCAGGACUUUGAGCAGGAUAUCCCAGAGGAAUACCGCAGGAUCUGCAAGAGAAUGUACUACCUCUGGAUGUUCCACAGUGCCACUCUGUUCCUCAACGUGUUGGCCUGCCUGGCGUACUUCACUGUAGAUCCUGCGCGCGGUGUAGACUUUGGUCUGUCCAUCCUCUGGUUCAUCCUCUUCACCCCUGUGUCCUUUAUCUGCUGGUACAGGCCUGUUUACAAGGCCUUCAGGUCUGACAGCUCCUUCAGCUUCUUUUUCUUCUUUUUCGUCUUUUUCUUCCAAGUGGCCGUGUACGUCAUCCAGACUGUGGGGAUCCCCAGUUGGGGAAACAGUGGAUGGAUUGUGUCCAUCAGCGUGAUCGGCUCAAACUUGGCUGUUGCCGUGGUUAUGAUGGUUGUGGCCGGUUUUUUCACUGUAAACUCUGUCCUGGCCAUCUUCCUACUGAAAAUGGUCCACUCAAAGUACAGAAGGACGGGUGCCAGCUUCACUAAAGCCCAGCAGGAGUUUUCCCACGGAGUCCUGACCAACCGAACGGUCCAAACUGCUGCAACCAGCGCUGCCACCUCUGCUGCUCAGGGAGCCUUUGGCAGGAACCAGGCAAAUUAGGCCCUCUCCUUCAUCCUUGGCAAUCAGACUAGUCACCCUGUAAAAUGAGAUGCAGCUUGAUGAUUGUACGGAAGUGAGAAAUGAAGGUUGUACUGUAACACAACAUGUUAC